ACACCAAUCAAUGACGCCGACACACAUGGUCUGGCCAACACUUUAAAAACAACAACACAUUCCUCCUCCAGAUGACGAGCUGCCUGGUGGAGGAGACUCGUGAGGUAUGGGAGACACAGGAGAUGGGGAGAGACAGAAGAAAUAGACAAGAGGAGACACAGUAGAGACUUGAAGGAGGCGUGAUCCAAGACCAGUGUCAGCGUCGUCUUUAUUUACGUUACUAAAACAGUUAUGGAUUCUCUAGACUUCAACCUCUCGCCCACAAAUAAAAAGAGUUCUCCUCGGAAAGGUCGUCGUUCUAUGGGCUCUGACUCCAUGGGUAAUGAUGACCCUGGUGUUUCUGCCUCUCCAUUGAAGACAAGCACAUCAUCACCGAGGGAAGCCCUCGUCUCAGGUCCUCCUGCAGGGAGGCGAGCUGGAGGUUGGGCAAACUCAGCCAAAACUGGGGGCUUUGGGCCACCUCAAGAGGAUAAAAGGUUUCACCAUGACUCAGACUCAGACACAGAAAUUCCUGUGAUCCCAGACCUGGAUGAUGUGGUGGAGGAGGAUUUUACUCAGCAGAUUGCUCAGGCUCCCAGUGUGGCUGUCAACCUGGUAGCCACAUACAAGGAACUGGACUCCGAUCUGUUGCGUCAUGCUGCCUUCUCAACCUUGGAUGAUAUAGACUUGCGACAACUCACCAACUCCCUGGCAAAUGAGGCUGAUAUACGAGAGCCAGACAUACAGUGGAAGUGGGACACGAUCUUCACUGAGGUUUCAUCGGAGCUGCGCAGUGAGUGGGAGCCAAGCGAUGAAACAAGUGAACGGGAAACCAUUCCAUGAGUUGGUCUGAGGGAUCUGAAGUUUAUUUGUGUUGGUAUGAGGGAUCUGAAGUUUAAUUAAUUAUGCUUUUGUUUUCUUACAUUUUCAUUAGUUCUGUUGUCAUGUGGGAAGACUUAAGGCCUACAAUAUAAGUAAAGUUACAAGAAAGCACAAAGAUAAGUGGAAGCAAGGUCAUAUAAGAUCAUUAUGAGAGUUUCAUUUACUGUAUUAAGUGUGAUAGUGAAAUUUUUCUAAUGCAAGAAAUGGCAGCUACAGUAUAUGAUGAAUCUUAAACAAAAGACUAAACCAAGCAUAUAAUGGUUGUAUGUUCCUCGUGUUCCACAAUUCAAACAAAACUCCGUCCAUUUUGUGAUAAAUCUGCGAAAUAUCGGAAUUGCACAUUAGAUUAAUUAUUUUUAUUUAGAGGAUGGAGUAUAGUUUAUUAAGAGGUUUAUGUAGCAGUGAUGUAGGCGAUACUACUAACAACACGACCUGUAUUUACAAUUUUAGCCUUUGUGGAUCACCUGAAGAUUAGCUGACCUAGAUAGUUUUGGGAUAGUUAAACUUCAGGAUGGUUAAACUGGGGGGUGAACCUUCCGGUGAGCACUUGGAGGCUAUUAUUCUUGUGAUCUUUAAAGACUAAAAUUGCAGAUGGUCUUGACUACAUCACUGAUAGGUAGUUAUUUAUUUUAGUGUAAGGUCGGAGGUGAAGGAGGAAUGAUGAUACUAAAUGUCAAGCCAGAGAAAUGAAUCACCUAAGGGCUGAUUUUUUAAUGGAAUGAGUAGCAGUGAGAGGUAUGUUUGGUAUGGGAUGACUGAGAGGGCCGAGGAUGUGAAUUGUUGAAUGAGUGAAGAGAGGGAAUGCUCCGAUGUACUAACAAGACAGACAAAAAAGUGACUUGAGAUGUGUUUAUUGUACCAUUAUAUUUAUUUCAAAAUUGCCAGACUUUAACUGUGCUUUGUUUUGUUUUUUAACUUUGGUCAUUUAUCCAGUUCUCACCUGGAGCGCCUCAAUGGAAAACAAUGCCUGAGGAUAGGAAGCCAAAGAGGAUAUACAGUAUACAGUAUAGAGGUUAAGUAGCACUAAGUACAUGUAUUGGGUAGACAGAGACAACCUACAUUAUGUUUUUUUAAAUGAAGCAUUACCACAAGGAGGAAAUAGCAGUAGGGGAAGGGGAGGGGGGAACAUCUACCCAGUGAGAGUAACAUGGUGGUGUUUGACUGCUCAGGGAGGAGCUGCCAAGGAAGGAGUGAGGCAUCAUUGAUGUUAGGUGAUCACUUAUCAUGAAAUGUGUAAUGGGGAUGGAUUUAUACGCUGUCUGCAAUGAAACAUGUGUUGCAUUUUGUAAUUUUAUGAGUAUACCCCCUGUAUACUGUAUUUUACUUAAUAUUAUUGUACACGGUGUGCUUAAUAUAUGUUUGUUUCUGAUGAGUGUGUUGUCUUAGAAUCAAGAUCUCUUUGAUUUUCUUGUUUUGUAUAACUGCACUGGCUGUCAGUUACCACCAAAUAUUGUACAGUCAGCCAGCCACAUAACAUACAGGUCCCUGAUUACCGCUGGGUAGACCGAAAUAAAAGUUAAAAAGAAACUUGUUAAUAUUUUCAUACUGCUUCGGGAUUAAUCUUUGACCACUUACGUGUGAGGAAAGUUUGCUAACUACCACACUAGUUGCAUCAAUAAACUCAUACUGUAUAACAUG